AUGCCUCCAGGUGAUGACUCAAAGAACGCAUCAACGGAGCAUGAGAUACCAUUCCAGACAUUUAUGGAACAAGGGCAAAAGUCAAUUGCAAAUAAGCUGGAUGUGUUGAUCGGGAAGUUUCAAAAAUUUAUGGAUCUACAGACUAAUCAGAAGAAUGAAGAAGAUCCAACUAUAUAUAUUUGUAAGGCAGAACAAUGGUUCAAACUUCAUGAAACUUCAAUUGUAGAUCAAGUUCCUUUGGAAGGUUUCUACCUUGAAGGAGAUGCACAACUAUGGUACCAGCUAUUGAAACAGGAGAUGAUCUAUAUCUCUUGGGAGGAGUAUAAAGAGAACUUGUAUGCAAGAUUUGGUCCAAAUCAGUACAUGGAUUUCUUCGGGGAGCUGUCGAAGCUAAGCCAGAGCACCACCGUUCAGGAUUUCCGAAUCAAGUUUGAAAAAUUAUUGGCUAAGGCAGGGCCAAUACCACAAAGUCAGCAGGUUAGUUUGUUUACUAGUGGCAUGUUUCGUAGUGUUCGUACUGAUGUGCCGGCGAACAAGCCAACUACACUCGCAUCAGCCAUUGGUUUAACACGUCUCUAUGAGGCUAGAGACGAAUCACAUAAGAAACAUACACCUAGUUCUUCAAAAAUCAUUCAAGUACCUCGUCAUUCCACUACCCAAAAUACUACAGUUAACACCCAAAAUUCAGUCAGCAACCCUGUGAAGAGAAUGACUACCGAUGAGCUUAAUCAGCAAAGAAGACAAGGACUUUGUUUCAGGUGUAAUGAUAAAUUUGGGCCUGGUCACCGCUGCAAGAAAUUGUUCAUGAUUCAAGCUUGUUUUGAAGAUAGUGAUGAUGAUAUUGAUAUGGAAAUCGAAGCUGAUGAUGUUGUCGACCAAAAUGACGAGACGCCUGAAAUAUCUUUGCACACAAUUGCUGGAACUCAUGCAUCUCUGACUAUGCCAGUGCAAGGAAGUAUCGGUAAUAAGUCUGUCACAGUACUCAAAGACUCUGGUAGUACUCACAACUUCGUAAGCAAAAGAGUAGCACAGAAGGUGGGAUUGCAACCUAUUUCGAGUGGUCGAUUGGAAGUGAUGGUGGCAUCAGGUGAGAAGCUAAUCAGUUCCGGUAACUGCUUCCAAACCAAUUUAAGCUUACAAAGAGUUCUUAUGCUAGUCGAUUUUUAUGUUUUACCUCUUGAGGGUUGUGAUGUUGUCUUGGGAAAUCAAUGGUUGAGUACUCUUGGACCUAUUGUCUAUGAUUUUUCUAAAUUGCAUAUGAGAAUUACUGUGGAUGGAAAGGAGGUAUUGCUGCAGGGGUUAUCCGUACCGGAAAAUGUGGUUGUUAGUGGUGCAAAAAUCCAAAAUGCAGCCAAGAAGAAGAAGGAAGGCAUAUUUCUGCAGCUAUAUUCAUUAACUGCCGCUUCGACUAACUCUUCCCACCAGCUUAAUGCACAAGUGAAGGAGAUCCUUGCUAAAUAUCAAAUUGUGUUGGCUGAGCCUCAAGGACUUCCUCCAAAACGUGACCAAGACCAUAAGAUCCAAUUGUACCAGGGACAUGGUCCUGUCUCCACCAGACCAUAUCGUUAUCCUUAUUUUCAGAAGACUGAAAUAAAGAAGUUGGUGAAUGAGAUGCUGUCUACAGGAGUUAUACGCUUAAGCAACAGUUCCUACUCAUCACCGGUGAUCUUGGUUAAGAAGUAUGAUGGUUCUUGGCGGAUGUGUGUGGACUAUAGGGCUCUAAAUCGCAUCACAGUUAAGGAUAAAUUUCUUAUACCAGUGAUAAACGAGCUUUUGGAUGAAUUAAAUGGCGCUCAAUUUUUUAAGAAAUUGGAUCUGCGUUCCGGUUAUCAUCAAGUGAGGAUGCAUCCCAGUGACGUAGAAAAGACGGCGUUUAGAACUCACCAUGGGCAUUACGAGUUCUUGGUGAUGCCCUUCGGCCUCACAAAUGCGCCUUCAACAUUCUAG